AUGGAUAUCGAGCAAUUCCGCAGGGCUGGUUAUCAAGCCAUAGACAGAAUAUGCGACUACUAUACCUCGUUGAGGGAUAAGCCUGUCUCGUCCCAAGUUGAGCCAGGGUAUCUCAGAAAGGCACUCCCAGCAUCUGCCCCUAUGGAGGGAGAGGACUUUCAACUCAUUGCAGAUGACUAUCAAAAGUACAUCAUUCCUGGCCUGACACACUGGCAGCAUCCUUCGUUUUUUGCCUAUUUUCCUACGGCAUGUACAUUCGAAGGCAUACUUGGAGAACUAUACGCAUCUAGCGCGUCUACCCCGGGGUUCAAUUGGUCUGCGAGUCCCGCAUGCACAGAACUAGAGGCUGUGGUCAUGGACUGGACCGCCCAAAUCCUUGGACUUCACAAGUCGUUCUACAACACCACUGAGAUCGGCGGCGGCGUCAUUCAGACAUCAGCGUCUGACUCUGCGUUGAUUGCAACUGUCGCUGCCCGUUCGCGAUAUAUCCGUGAGCAUCCUCACGUGGCUCUGGAGACACUCGUGCUCUACACUACCACCCAAACGCACUCACUAGGGAAGAAAGCCGGACUUGUCCUAGGUUUGAAAGUGCGUGCACUGGAAGUGACAGCAGAGGAUGACUUUGCACUGCGUGGAGAGACGCUAGAAGUGGCACUGAAAGAGGAUGUGGAUGCUGGGCUCCACCCUUUCAUCCUCGUCGCUACGAUCGGGACAACGUCAUCCGGUGCUGUUGAUCGGCUCGGUGAGAUUGCUGAUGUUGCAACACAUUACCCUUCCCUGUGGCUACACGUCGAUGCCGCAUGGGCAGGCGUCGCACUUGUGUGUCCCGAAUACCGCGAGGCAUGCCAACUUCCUGCCAUCAAUACUUAUGCAGACUCAUUCUGUACCAAUUUCCAUAAGUGGGGUCUAAUCAAUUUCGAUGCCUCCUGUUUGUGGGUGCGACACCGAAAACACUUGACUGAUGCACUAGACGUCACGCCCGAGUUUUUGCGAUCGAAACAGGGGGAUGCUGGCACUGUCAUCGAUUACCGCAACUGGCAUCUUGGCCUCGGCAGACGGUUCCGAUCGCUUAAGUUUUGGUUUGUUCUCCGUUCCCGUGGGGUCAGUGGGUUCCAAAAGUAUAUAACCGACUGCACCAAACUUAACGCUCGAUUCGCAGAGCACAUACGGGAAUCUGAUCAAUUCUGCUUCGUCGCGAAACCGUUCCUGGCACUGACAGUCUUCAGGCUUGCGCCAAAGUCUCGCCCUCACCUCACGACUCUCGAGUUAAACGCUCUGAACCGGGCAUUUUAUGCACGGCUUGCAGCGCGGAGCGAUAUUGCAAUUACCCAGACGGACUUGAAUGGCGUGUUUUGUGUGAGGAUGGCAAUUGGCGCUGAGAAGACUGUGGAAAGGGAUAUUGAUAAAGCAUUGGAUGUGAUUGGGCAGGAAGGACGGGCUACUUUGAGGGAGUGGGAUAGAACGUAG